UUCUGCUUUCAUUUGUUUGCAUCACCAUGUUAACAUUAUAGAAUAACAAAAUGGAGAAGAAUAAAAAGCAGAAGAAAGUUGACUUCACACAGCAGAACACCGUUUACGGAACUAAUGCUGCCGACCGUGAAUCGUUUUUAAAGUUAUUCACUAACAGUAUCAUCACAAGAUCAUAACAAGAUGAAGGAAGCUGAAAGAAACAAAGCACAACUAAUAGCAAAGGCCUUAUGUUAAACAGUUUGAGUUUUAUUUGACCUUAAAAAAAUUUUUAUUGUCCUGGGGCAGAAUUACGAUGCACGUCUCACGUCAAUGACAUAAAAUAUGUGCAGCAUUUGGACAAAACCAUUGGAUGUCCGUCGCAUUUGCCUGAACAAACACUCUUAACAUGCUCCAUGUUCUAUGGAAGAGAAUGGCCUAGUCAAAGUCCAACUGAGAGACUGUGGCAGAAAAAAAAUAAAUCAUUUAAACUUUACCUUAAGCUAUAUUAUGAAAAAAAAUUUCAUUGGACCACAAAAAAUUCAAAUAAAAUUCAUGUAAGUUUGUAAAACGAUAAAAUGUGAAAACCUUGUUCUUCAGUCAGCUGUGUUUCAUCGUUGUGUUUGGGGAAUAGAUGCUGCAACAUCUGUACUUCUACAAAUCCAGCUGCUGUUGGCGGCUUAGUGACGACAUUCAGCAGGAACACCUUCACCUAACCAGUCCUUACAUAGACACACUAAAGAACCUGGCUAAUUACUUGGUGAAGCAAAUGUAGACGCAACUAUAUAAGCAGAUUAGUAUUUUUGAAAGGUAAAUGAUUAAAGCGGUCUGUGUACAUAAAACUGCCCAUAGACUGGCAAAUCUCUUGAGCCGUUUAAGAUUAAAAACUGUAACAAUAUUGACAAUAUUAACAAGACUGAACAGAUCUGCCCUUAUGGAUCUGGCACAUUGCCACCGAUACCUCAUCUAUAUAUUGUUUUCGGUAUCCAGGCCAAUACAGAUAUUAAUAUCAGAUCGGUUCAUCUCUAGAAUCUAGCCUGUGUCUUUUUUAUGCGUCUGUUAGAAAUAAAGUGUACACACUUCCCUCUUCCUCCGCCACGUCCGUCGGCUUUAUCUCCCCGUCCAAACAGCCGCCGUUCAUCUUUCAGUGUGUCUCUCUGAUGAAGGCCUGCUCCUCUUCCUCCUCUAGUGGCUGAGCUCCACGUUUUGAGCUAAGCUGUUACUCUGCUUUAAACUCCAGACGGUGUUAAAAUGUCACCACACAUGUAAUUGAGCAUUGGUGGCUGUGGCCUUUUCACUGCUUCUGUGUCUUUUUCUUUUCUUUUUUCCUCGUCACGAUUCCUUCAUCAUCGCUGUGUGUUCCCCACACACACACACACACACACAGCUUGCCAGGAAUCUCCCCCCACGGACCAUCGGUUACCCCUGGACGCUGGCGUUUGGCACGUCAAAGCACGGCAUGAGCAUUAAGACGCUGUACAGAGCCAUGCAGGGCCAGGACACGCCGGUCCUGCUGGUCAUUAAGGACAGCGACGGUCAGGUAUUUGGUGCACUUGCAUCUGAACCCUUUAAAGUCAGCGAUGGCUUUUACGGCACAGGAGAGACCUUCCUCUUUACCUUCAAUCCAGAGUUUGAGGUAUACAAAUGGACAGGUGACAACAUGUUCUUCAUUAAAGGAGACAUGGACUCUUUGGCUUUUGGUGGAGGAAGCGGUGAGUUCGGCCUGUGGCUGGACGGAGACCUGUACCACGGCCGGAGCCACGCCUGUAAAACCUUUGGGAACCCAAUGCUCUCCAAGAAGGAGGACUUCUAUGUGCAGGACAUCGAGGUGUGGGCUUUUGAAUAACAAACCUGCUGCAACACAGGGAAAAAAAACAAGUCCUACACACAGGACCAAACCCAGGGAGCGGUCCUCCUUCAGAACAGUGGCAACAUCCCAAACCUAACUGCACACCACCAGGUGCUCCCCUGUCUGGAGGCCAGAUACUGGAUGCUUGUUGUGCGUUAACUACUGCAGUUAUUAAGGAGCUUUGUUUUAUUUUCUUUUGUUUUUCUUUGUGAAAAAUAAACCUGUGUGUGUAUCUUAUUGCAGCCCUGUGCGGCGUCUUUGCAGAGUAGGGAGAGUACGAGGAGAAAUGCAAGGGAAGCAGGGUAGGGACCGCGCGGUCACUAAGGCCAACUGGACUUCCUGAGGCUGAGGUUUGGGACUGCUGCAAGAAAGGAAAGCUGCCCCACCUGGUGCAAAUAGUGCAUCAGAACUCUGAAGAACCUCAAGGAAUCCCCCCUCUCCCACAUCACCACACCACCACCACCAACUUCUGGGAUCCCAGCUAGAACUCCAACUCACUGUGCUGUCGGCCGUUACGGAGAGAGACUCAGUCGGAGGAAACCGAACACAUUCCAUUUCUCUUGAUCGUGGAGUGUCAAAAGUGGUGAUUUGUGGUGAACUUACAAAAAAAAAAAAAAAAA